CCUGUUUUCUCGCUGGGUGGCGGACGAAACUUCACAAGAUGUCUAAGCAACAACCAGCUCAGUUUAUAAAUCCAGAAACUCCUGGCUAUGUUGGAUUUGCAAAUCUCCCCAAUCAAGUUCACCGAAAAUCAGUGAAAAAAGGUUUUGAGUUCACACUGAUGGUGGUUGGUGAAUCAGGUCUAGGAAAAUCAACUCUCAUAAACAGCCUGUUCCUAACUGAUCUCUACCCAGAAACAGUUAUACCAGGCGCUGCAGAGAAAAUUGAAAGAACUGUCCAAAUUGAGGCUUCAACUGUUGAAAUUGAAGAGCGAGGGGUCAAGCUACGCCUGACAGUGGUGGAUACCCCUGGCUAUGGUGAUGCCAUCAACUGCAGAGAUUGUUUUAAGACGAUAAUCUCCUAUAUCGAUGAGCAGUUUGAGCGGUACCUGCAUGACGAGAGCGGUUUGAACAGGCGGCACAUUGUUGAUAAUCGAGUGCACUGUUGCUUUUACUUCAUUUCACCGUUUGGACAUGGACUUAAGCCCUUAGAUGUGGCGUUUAUGAAGGCAAUACACAACAAGGUGAAUAUUGUGCCUGUCAUUGCAAAAGCUGACACCCUCACCCUGAAGGAACGGGAGCGGCUGAAGAAAAGGAUUCUGGAUGAAAUUGAAGAACAUAACAUCAAAAUCUAUCACUUACCUGAUGCAGAAUCAGAUGAAGAUGAAGAUUUUAAAGAGCAGACUAGACUUCUCAAGGCCAGCAUCCCAUUCUCUGUGGUUGGAUCCAAUCAGUUGAUUGAAGCCAAAGGAAAGAAGGUCAGAGGCCGCCUCUACCCCUGGGGUGUUGUGGAGGUGGAGAACCCAGAACACAACGACUUUCUGAAGCUGAGAACCAUGCUCAUCACCCACAUGCAGGAUCUCCAGGAGGUGACCCAGGACCUUCAUUAUGAAAACUUCCAUUCUGAGAGACUCAAGAGAGGCGGCAGGAAAGUGGAGAUCGAGGACAUGAAUAAAGAUCAGAUCUUGCUGGAAAAGGAAGCUGAGCUCCGCCGCAUGCAGGAGAUGAUCGCUAGGAUGCAGGUGCAGAUGCAGCUACAGAUGCAGGGCGGGGACGGCGACGGCGGGGCUCUCGGGCACCACGUGUGAGAAAACACUUUCCUGGAUAAAAAAGAAAACAUUCCAGAUGCGUGAUCCAGCCGUGUGUUUUCAUAAUCCUUGGGAGAGUGCCAUCCACAUUUUAACUUACCUGUGCCUGAGAAUUUAAUUUUUUAAAAAGUUUCGAUUUUUUUUUAUGAGGUACUUUUAACAUAUGUAUUUCAUUGCUGUUACACUCUGUAUUUUGUGAGGUGAACUUUUCCUUUUCUUCUUCCUAACCACUAACGUUAGAAUUGACUUCCAAGAAUCAGCGUGUAUAGUUAAUACUGAAUUUCUUUAAUUUAACUGACUUAACAACUGACUAACUAUUCGAGCACUCCUGAUUUGUAUCUAGAACAUUCAGAUUGACCCAUUAUGUUCCUGGGUGGUAGAGGCAUGUGCCUAGUGCUGUAGAAAGAUCCGCUGGCCUGGGGCAGGGUCAUUGCUUACCACACCACACUGCUUCCUUGCUUUUAUGUUUGUACACAACAUCUAAAACCAGUUUUGCUGCUAUCAUUCAGUACUGUUCAUUUGUCUGUGAGUUUAUUAUCUGUUAACCAAAUAAAACAAUAGAAUUACCUAAUGAGAUAUAUCUUUACACUUAAAUAGCUUUUUUUGAGGUGACUUUUAAAGAAGUCUCUUGAUUCUGAUGCUAGGUCGUUUUAAAACCACUAUGCAGAGAACUCACUGUAAGCCACGUGAUCUCCACUAAUACUGGUUAUCCCGUGCUACAGAGAAAAUCAAAGUAGUCACAACUAAGAUUCUUACCUACAAAAUGAGAUUCAGUAAACUCUUAACCAAAAUU